AUGAAGAAACAGAAACCCCGGAGGCGAGACCGUGUCUUGAAGUUUUUCGGGUUUUCAAGCCGGGGGAGUGAAUCGACUCGGAUGGCCUUAUCAUUACCCGAUCCAAAAGAAAACAUCGUCGAACGCACCACCUAUCAUGCGCCUGGAAAGCCAUUCAAGCGAAGCCAAUCCGUCGAGAAAGACAUGGCAGUGCUCUCUACGAUCUAUCUGCUUCAAGAUUCAGACCGACUCAGGGCAGUGAUUCUUCUCCUUGUCCAGAUCAGCCGCAACGACAUUGAAGGGCGGCUGUCAACAGUUCUCAACACUUGCGCCGAGUUCUGCGAGCGUCUCAUCCGUCUUGCGGACGAGGGUCUUACGAGACCAGAUGAGGUCGCCGAGUCAUUCUACCGUACCGUUGAGAUGGUGCGAGAGUCGACUGCCGAUACAACACCGCCGCUGCUCGAGAUUGUAAACCAGUCAAUCGACUCAUUGGCGUCCUCUCAUCCGAUGUUGUCGGCAUCAAGAUCACCUCGAGCUCAGCAUCCCAUUGUUAAAGCAGCCCUUGGGACGGGCGUGACUAUACUCGACAUCUUCAAGGAAGCAAGCGAGUCAGCUGGGGUACCGGGCAUCAAAGCCAUUGUUGGGUCCGUCUUGAGCCUGUUCAAGGCAGCCCAGCAAACCCAAUUCAACUACGAGGACAUCCACUCACUGGCAUUAACUGCGGGUGAAUUUGCUCUCGCCGCUGCCGAGGCAUGUUCCACCAUGGGCGAAGUUUCCGAGGAAGUCGAACAGCUUAUCGCCCGCUUUGAAGGCAAACUUCGCCCUAUUGUCGAGAGAUGUAGGGAAUUGAAUCACAAUAGUAUACUUUGGUGUUUUCUGCAAAACAGCAAUCACAAGAGGGAACUGGAAGGACUGGCCGCAGAGCUCAAUGCCGCUGUUCACCAGUUUCAGAACUCCAACCUUCUCCGGCUACAAGUCAGAAUUGAUGGAGUCGGUACCCAAGUCGGUGCUCAUUGUGAACGCGCAGACUAUGUCACUUUCAAUCAGUUACCCCAGCACCCGGACGUCAGCGGGUUACGGAGGGACUAUUUUCGUGGAAGUCGUCAAGAUACCAUCGCGCAUAUUUCGGGAUGGUUGGACGGGUCGAAGGAGCCCCUGCUAUGGUUACACGGACCACUGGGAAUGGGUAAAUCUACUCUAGCCCAUCACCUUGCGCAAGAGCUCCGCAAGUGCGAUCGACUUGCUGCCUCCGCUUUCUUGACGGCCGUUUCUCCUGAUACCGGGCCCGAAACCCUUGUCAAGAUUCUAGCGUCGGAAAUUGGUAGGAUGCACCCAAGGGCAGUGUCUGCGAUUGUAACAACCAUUAAGAGCUGCGCUGGCUUGCCCCUACAGGACCACUUGGAACGGUACAUCCACCAGCCAAUCCGCUCCCUUUGCUACCCCUAUCCUCUCGUCAUCCUUCUUGACGCUCUCGACGAAUGGAAACACUAUCGCUCCCUCAUCCAACUCCUCAGCCAUGUCGACCCUUCGAUUGUUCGGUUCAUUGUCACUAGUCGAGAGAACGCAUUGAACUCUGCUUGGAAGAACCUGGAAGCAGUACCACACCAAACAUACGCUUUUCCUCCAGUCUCCGACGAAGUACUCAAGUCCUAUAUUGAGCAUCACUUCAAUUCAAUCGAUUGGGGCCACGGCGGUAACCCAGACGAUAGGUACAUUGCCAAGAUUGCCAACAAGGCUGACGGCCUGUUUGUAUGGGUGGCCACUGUCUUUGCCAUUUUAAAUAACAUUCUCGACAACGCAACCCCCCAACAACGACUCGAGCAAAUCAUGGACUCGCAAAGGAACGUCUCAAGCGCCGAUGGGCUGUACAACCUUUAUUACGACGCCAUUCUUCGCCUUUUCCCCGUCCCUGAAAACCAAGAAGUUUUUCGUCGCUUCUUCGGGCUCACAACGGUUUUACAAGAGACGCUUUCACUUUCGGAUUUUGCAUCCCUUUCGGGCCUAACACCCACCAUGGUCGAAGGGGUCCAGGCGCUUCUUUCCGCUCUCAGAACCCGGGGUUCAUUCCAUCGCGACAAAGUCCAGCCAGCCUCCGCCCUUUACCACCUAUCCUUCAUUGAAUUCAUCCAUUCCGAGGGCUCCAAGGCGAGCCCGCCAGCCUUCUCCAUCUCGCAUCGUGACUGUCAUUCACUCUUGGGAGAGCGGUGUUUGGAGCUCACUUUCCGCGGUUUCCUUCCUUACCCCUCUACCGCCGGGUCCAUUCCUCAACCGCGCAAUCCUCGACGUUACGCAUGCCUAUAUUGGCCAAUGCAUCUAUCGACAGGGACUGGGCGCCGGCCAGCGGACUGGGCUCAAACAAGCCACUUCAAGCUGCUGGAAGGCACCGAAGCGAACGGGGCCAUGGAUCAGUGGGCAAUAAUGGUUGGAAACUUACUCUAUCCGAAUGCUGAACUCGAGAGGACACAAGAACAGCCUACUAUACUUCUCUAUCUAGGACUAAUGGUGCGCGAAAAAGAGGGUGGAGCCGCGACUCCAUUCGGGAUGCAAUGUCUCGAAGUGGCCGUGCGCCUGCGGCCCGACGCUGUUCACAUCUGGGACAUAUUAGCGGACUUCCACCACGAUCUCUUCCUGAAAUCGAGGGACGCAGCGCAUAUAAUCGCGGCUGUCGAUGCAAGAUCAUACGCCAUUCAACGCUGCUCCUCGUCGGAUCCGAAUUGGCCGACCUUGUUAUCGCAUUACAUGGAGUCGCUUUGGGCACACUUCCACGAGUUUCAGCAAAUCUCGGAUGUCCAACUGGCAGUCGACUUGGCCGAACGUUGGCUGAGCGACCCGCAACGCGAUCGGCAAUUUGACAGGGACAUUUCGACGAACCUUGCCGCCUUCCUUCAUGCCCGCUCUAGGUACCACGGAUCGGGGUUGGACCUCGACCGAUCCAUCCGGUUACUUCAAGAGGUACUUGAAUCUGAAGCCACACCAUCGCCUAGCACAGCUUCCCGUGCCAAUAUAAUAGGAAACCUCGCCAUGUCCUUUCUGGUCCGCUUUGAACGCCAUGGAUCCUCCUCCGACCUUGAGGAUGCCAUCCGGUUGUUUCAAGAGGCACAUGGACUCGAUGAAGUGACACACAUGAGGAACUUUGCCGCUGCCCUUCAUACCCGCUCUCAACUGAACAGAUCAAUCUCCGACCUCGAGGAAGCGAUCAAGCUGAUUGAAAGAGUUUUGGAAGUCACCCCAGCGCCGCGUCCAGAACGCCCUAACGCACUGGAAACCCUCGCCGCCAUGCUUUGUUCUCGCUGGGACGAUCUCGGAACAAUAUCCGACCUUGAGGAAGCGAUUCGACUGAUUCAAGAGGCGCUGGAACUCCUACCAACAACACAUCCGACUCGUCCUACCUCGCUCCACCACCUCGCCAGUGUCUUUAAUCAUCGUUUUCGCCACAGUGGAUCAAGCUUAGACCUGGAGAAAUCCAUACAACUGCAUCGAGAAGCCCUCGAAUUGCAGACACAAAGUCGUCUGAACCCCCCUGACUCGGAGUCACUACAUUUCAUGGCCCAGGCUCUCUUCAGCCGCUCUAUGCACUUCGAAUCCGACUCCGACCUUGUGGAAGCAAUUCGUUUGUUUCGCGAGGUGUUGGUGCUCGCGCCAGACUCUCAUCGGCGUCGCAGAUUCUGGAUGAUUAACCUCGCGACCGCCCUCAAAGAGAGCUCCGAGCCACAAGACCUUGAAGAAGCGAUCCAAAUCUUUCGGCAGUUGAUGUCAUUUUCCGGCGAUCAUGUAUUACGCCCUCAAUUGUUGGCCAAUUUUGCCGACGCUCUUCACAAGCACGCUUACCCUCCGGGAGGACGUGUGUGCAUUGUCUCUGACUUGGAGGAAGGGAUCCGGUUGCAGCGAGAGGCAGUAGAACUCGUACCAGCUUCUCAAAAACGUCGCCGCCCUCUAUUAGUGACCGGCCUUGGUAACAUGCUUCGGACACGCUACACACUUGUGUAUCUCGAGUCUCAACGAAGCCAUACGGCUGGCGAAGGAAGGUUUGGAAUUAAAAACAACCCGCCUAACUCGUACCAACUUCCUUGA